AUGCGGCUAACGGAUGUUAGGUCUAGGUGCUCGUCGAAACUCGGAGGUGCAAUGUUUUUGAUGCGCGAUCGAGAACGAGUGACUCUUGCUGUGUGCACUAUUUAUUCGUUUCGCCUGGUUCUCCCGUCGAGACGAAAGAGAGCUAAAAUCGCUCUACGUCGAGGCAGUGCAGCCGUCGCCACAGUCUUGAAAACGGCAUAUUUUCAAAUUUUGAUUUUAUUGUAUGAAGGUGCUACUAGAGGCGUCCACUUGUACACUUACGGCCAUGAAAACUCAUCCAGGCUGUGGUUUCCUUGUGUCGACAGUUACGCCGAGCCCUGCACUUGGAAACUGGAGUUUACAGUCGACGAAGGAAUGACGGCAGUGUCCAAUGGGGAUCUUAUUGAGGUGGUAUUUACCCCGGAUAUGCGACGGCGAACCUUCCACUACGUGCUGGGCAUUCCAACUUGCGCCCCUAACAUAUCUCUAGCCGUCGGCCCCUUCGAAAUCUACGUGGACCCCUUCAUGCACGAAGUGACCCACUUCUGCCUCCCCCAGCUGCUACCCCUGCUGAAGGUGACGACACGCUACAUGCACGAGGCGUUCGAAUUUUACGAGGAAACGCUAUCAAAUCGCUACCCGUACUCGUGCUACAAGCAGGUGUUUGUCGACGAGGUCGCGUACGAUUACAGAUCGUACGCGACGAUGAGCAUUUUAAACACGAACCUGUUGCACUCGGCCGUAAUCAUCGAUCAGUGCUACAUCACGAGACGUGCGAUGGCGCAAGCAAUCGCCGAGCAGUUUUUCGGAUGCUUCAUCUCCAUGCAGAACUGGUCCGAUAUGUGGCUGCCCAAAUCGAUCAGCCAGUAUUUGUGCGGAUUGUAUUGCAAGAAGUGUUUCGGGAAUAACGAGUACAGAGAGUACGUCCAAAGCACGCUGAGGGACGUCGUGAAGUACGAGGAGCAAUACGGCGGAAUAAUCUUAGAUCCCAGUCAGCCUCCUUCGCCUCUGCCGACAUCGUCCAGCACCCCCUCAAGCCACACGAAGCACCACGAGGCGCAAUUCUACUUCUCAAUUCGUAAUUUGCACACAUUAUCUCCACUGUACAUCGAGGCCAUGUAUAAGAAAGGUCUGCUAGUUAUGCGAAUGCUGGAGAACAGAAUAGGGUUGGAGUUGCUGUUGCAGGUGUUCAAUAAGCAAUUGUCGUUGGCGAUGAACGCGGCGGGACAAAAAAUUGGGAGCGGAUUGUGGAGUCACAUGCUUAUUAGUACGAUCACGUUUACUAAAGCGAUUUUUACCGUGACCGGGAAGGAUAUGAUCGUUUUUAUUGAUCAGUGGGUUCGAACUGGCGGCCAUGCCAAAUUUCACUUAAGUUCGGUGUUUAAUCGAAAAAGAAAUACAAUAGAGGUGGAAAUCCGCCAGGACGCGACGACCCAAACUGGCAUUCGAAAGUACGUGGGUCCCUUAUUGGUUCAGCUUCAGGAAUUAGACGGGACCUUCAAGCACACCUUGCAAAUCGAAAAUACGGUCGUUAAAGCGGACAUUACGUGUCAUUCGAAAAGUCGUCGAAAUAAAAAGAAGAAAAUCCCAUUAUGCACCGGAGAAGAAGUCGAUAUGGACCUCAGCCCGAUGGAUGACUCGCCAGUUUUGUGGAUUCGUCUUGAUCCCGAAAUGACACUGUUGCGUGCGACAAUUAUCGAACAGCCCGACUUUCAGUGGCAAUUCCAGUUGAGGCACGAACGAGACGUUACCGCGCAAAUGGAGGCGAUCCUGGCCUUGGAACGCUACCCCACCCCUCCGACGCGCCUUGCACUGACCGAUACCAUCGAAAACGAGCAGUGCUUCCACAAAGUGCGAUGCAGAGCGGCCCACUGCCUAACCAAGGUCGCAAACGCCAUGGUGUCGAACUGGGCGGGCCCUCCCGCAAUGUUGGCGAUCUUCCGUAAAUUCUACGGCUCGUUCGCCGCCCCUCACAUAAUCAAACAGAACACGUUCACCAACUUCCAGCACUACUUCCUGCAAAAAACUAUCCCGCUCGCCAUGGCCGGCCUACGAAACGCGCACGGCAUCUGCCCGCCCGAAGUAAUCCGCUUCCUCCUCGACCUUUUUAAGUACAACGACAAUUCUAAAAACCGAUAUUCGGACAACUACUACAAGGCCGUCCUCGUGGAGGCACUCGGCUGUACGAUCACGCCUGUCGUCUCGGUCGUACAGCAGGGCACCUCGAUUACCUUCGAAAGUCUGAGCGCCGAUACAAAAUUGGUGCUGGAGGAGGUCACGAGAAUGCUCAAUCUGGAGAAAUCGCUGCCUUGUUAUAAGUACACGGUGACGGUUGCGUGCCUGAAGGCGAUUAGAAAGUUGCAAAAGUUUGGUCAUUUGCCCAGCAGUCCGAAUCUAUUCAAGAGCUACGCGGUUUAUGGUCAAUUUAUUGAUGUGAGAAUAGCCGCCUUGGAGUGUCUCGUGGAUUUCGUCCGUGCCGACGGACGAUGGUCGGACCUGCAGCACUUGCUGGACAUUGUGGAAAACGAUCCCGAUCCAGGCGUACGUCACAAACUCGUCGGUUUACUCAUUCAACAUCCCCCCUUUGAACGCGCGCAUCGACAACGGCUCGACAUUCCGGAACUGGUGGAACGAAUUUGGGGCACCAUUAAUGGAAUGCUUUCUCACGAUACUCGGCUUCGCUGCGAUUUAGUGGAUUUAUACUUCGUACUCUACGGGACUCGCCGACCGACCUGUUUGCCCAACCCGGAAACUGAGGCUUUAUACAAACCUCAGAAGCAGUCUUCUUAUGGGGAACCUAAGAGGACCAAGACGUUCUCCUCGCCCACUCCGCUUCCUGCACCUGUUGUUGACACGAAGCCGAAUCCAAAUCCUGUAGUGUCAAAGGAUGGACCGUCGGACAUAAUUAUCGAUGACACCUUAGAAUGUGUUAACGUGGAAAUAAUCGCGCGAGAGGAAAAGAUCAAGGAGGAAAAUAUGCCGCUUGACUUGAAGGUUGAACCGGCCGUUAAGCCGGUCGUGCAAAAGCAGGAGUACUUUUCGGACAACUCGGUUUCCUUGCCGGGUAUGGGGCAACCCGGGCCUGUCGGUUUUGAGCCGGGGAUGUUUAAGAAAGAUUCGGAUUCCAAAUAUAAGCUCGAUCCCGCCGCCAAAUUGAAGAAAAAGAAGAAAGAUAAAAAGAAACACAAACACAAGCACAAACAUAAGCAUGAUCAUAAACAUAGUAAAGACAAAGAUAAGAAAGAAAAGGAUCCGAAUAAAUUAAAAAUUAAAGAGGAAACUUUGAGCUCUGUGAGCUCGACGCCGAGCCCUAGUUCACAAUCGUUUGGUGCAGAAGUGAUGUAAUUCACAUAGUUUAAGCAAUAAAAGCAAUUUGAAUUUA